AUGGAUCCUGCUUUGCUGAGAGAAAGAGAAUUAUUCAAACUUAAGGCUUCAGCUAUUCCUGUUGUUGAAAAAAGGUUAAGAGAAGACAAUAGCAACAAAGAUGAGUUUAAAAGGAAAUCAAAACCAUUACCAUCUAUGCCAAGACCACCUUCGCCCCCAAACACUUCAAGUUCAUUGAAUAGCUACAAGUCAUAUGGGCAAAGUUCUCAAUAUAAAUUUGGUGUGCUAACCAAAAUAGUUAAGUAUAUUAGAGCUCGACAUCAGGAUGGAGAUGAUCAUCCGUUAACAUUAGAUGAAUUACUGGAUGAAACUAAUCAAUUAGAUGUGGGAACUAAAGUGAAAACGUGGUUAGAAACUGAAGCACUACCAGGCAAUCCUAAAAUUGAACGUACACCUGAUGGAAAAUAUAUGUUCAAGCCUCCUUAUAAACUUAAAGACAGAAAAGCUUUGUUUAAAGUAUUGAAACAACAAGAUUUGAAAGGUUUAGGAGGAAUUAUGAUGGACGAUAUUCAAGAAUCAUUACCUAAUUGUGAAAAAGCCCUCAAGCAUCUACAUAAUGAAAUAUUAUAUGUUUGUCGGCCUGGGGAUAAAAAAAAAGUUAUGUUUUACAACGACAAAUCUGCAACUAUUGAUAUUAAUGAAGAUUUUAAAAAAAUGUGGAGGAGCAUUGCAGUGGAAAAUAUGGACGAUGAAAAGAUUGAGGAACAUUUGGAGAAACAGGGUAUAAGUUCCAUGCAAGAUAAUGGUAUCAAAAAAGUAAAUCAUGUAAAACGGAAGAAACCAGUGACCAAGAAAAGAUUAUCAAAGAGACCAAGGGAUAAUGAACAUUUAGCAAAUGUGUUGGAAGAUUAUGAUACAUUGUAA